GCUGCCUGGAUUCAUUUAGCUGAAUGGCUCCAAGGUGUCUUAGGAUCUGGUUUCUUCUGGCUGUUUUUGCUUUGCCGUUUAGUCUUGGUCAAGAUGAAAACAUGGAGGUGAGGAGAAGAUCUAAUAAGCCAUUGGCCAAAGUAGUUGGGAGCCAUCAUCAACGGACGGGCUUUAUAUCCGGCAGGGAAGUAGUGGGAGAGCGGAAUAUCCACAUUGAGACAUUUUCCAUUAAUACUUCUACUCAAAAAGAGUUGGGGAACCCCGAGGUAGAUGAGGUAGAACAGACCUCACACAGAGUCCAGCCCCCACAGCAACCAGAUUGCAGUAGCUGCUGUAGGGGAGACUUUGGAUAUAGAUUUCACCAACCAAUUGCUGGACCACCAGGACUACCUGGACCACCGGGUAUCCCAGGAAAUCAUGGAAAUAAUGGAAACAAUGGGGCAAUGGGACAAGAAGGAGUAAAGGGGGAGAAGGGCGACAAAGGAGACAUGGGCAUGAGAGGGGAUCGGGGCAACCCAGGUCUGAAAGGGGAAAAAGGAUAUCCAGGCAUUCCCCCAGAGCUACAGGUAGCCUUCAUGGCCUCUAUGGCCACCCACUUCAGCAACAUCAACAGUGGAAUCAUCUUCAGCAGUGUGGAGACUAAUGUCGGAAACUUCUUCGAUGUCAUGACUGGGAGAUUUUCAGCCCCGGUAGCAGGUGUAUACUUUUUUACUUUUAGUAUGUUGAAGCAUGAAGAAGUGGAGGAUGUAUACGUGUACCUAAUGCAUAAUGGCAAUACUAUAGUCAGCAUGUACAGUUAUGAAACCAAGGGGAAGCAAGACACGUCGGGUAACAGUGCAGUGUUAAAACUGGCGAAGGAAGAUGAGGUGUGGCUCCGAAUGGGAACCGGGGCCCUCCACGGGGACCAUCAACGUUACUGCACCUUCUGCGGGUUCCUGCUCUUUGAGACUAAAUGAGAAUGCCGGACGGCAAUGGUUCUUCUGUCUGAAGGAUGUCCACACGUUCACGAAGACGACUUAGAAUAAGAAAUGUAUAAAACAGUAAAAUAAAUUUAAAUAAAACAAAAAUAAAAUAACUGGAGAUGAAAUAUGAAGGAAAGUGAUGGCGCUGGACUCAUUCCCGGUCUUAAUCAUGUUUACAUUGUGUUCUCAUUGUAGUGGAAUCAUCGGUUCUAUCCUCAUGCGGCUUAAGUUACAAGGAGGCGGAAAUUGCUGGUUUCCCU